ACUGCCAACAUCACACACUCGGCGGCUAGUUAGCGACCAGUGUGGCGAUACUGCGGAAAAGGUGGCAGACUAGAUGAGUUUACCGCGACGAAACAAUGUUGCCGAUUUAGGAACCACCAUGUCUUCAACCGCGGCCUGAGAUCAGAGAAGCAGACCAUGACAACCGUUAACAAAUCUGUUAUUUUAUGUGGUUAUUCGCAGACUGAUUGUCAUGAUUUUAGCCCUUGCUAAGCGUGACGUGAUUCUGUGUGAUUAAAGUUGAGAUAAUCGAUCAGGUCAAUGUACUAAGAGCUCCAAAACCGUCUUCACAGCAGAUCAGCAGUGCAUGUUCGUUUUUAAUCGUGCGAUUUGUAAGGAUAGAUGCAAACAACUUAUUAGCUAACCGGCUAGCUAAUACACUGACUGGCACCAAACAUCGACCGAUUGCACAGGAUUUGUUGUUAAACUCCUGGAUCUUCAGCAGAAAUGGAUGACUUCAGCUCCAUCAGUCUGUUAUCUCUGGCUAUGCUAGUCGGUUGUUACGUGGCUGGAACUAUUCCCUUGGCUGUUAACUUCUCUGAGGAGAAGCUGAAGUUGGUGACGGUGUUGGGAGCUGGGCUGUUGUGUGGCACUGCACUGGCUGUCAUUAUUCCAGAGGGAGUUCAUGCACUCUACGAGGAAAUGCUGGAAGGUGGGCACCACCAUGGCCAUGGGCAGGUGGAAGCAGAAGUUUCUGAUCAGAAGGUUGCAGACGGAGUGGUGGGACCCAGCAGUGAACACAGCCACAGUCACGAGCAGCUCCACGCUUACAUCGGCGUCUCUCUGGUGCUGGGCUUCGUCUUCAUGCUGUUGGUGGAUCAGAUCGGCAGUGCUCACAUGCACAACAGUGAUGAUCCAGAAGCAGCGAGGACUGCUAGCUCUAAAGUCACCACUACGCUUGGCUUGGUUGUCCAUGCUGCAGCUGAUGGUGUUGCUCUCGGAGCUGCUGCAUCCACGUCUCAGACCAGCGUCCAGCUCAUUGUGUUUGUGGCCAUUAUGUUGCAUAAGGCUCCUGCUGCAUUUGGACUCGUCUCUUUCCUCAUGCAUGCGGGUUUAGAAAGAAACCGUAUCCGGAAACAUCUAUUAGUCUUUGCCUUGGCUGCCCCUGUUUUGGCCAUGCUCACCUACGUAGGACUCAGUCAGAGCAGUAAAGAGGCACUAUCUGACGUCAACGCCACCGGUGUGGCCAUGCUGUUCUCCGCCGGCACCUUCCUGUACGUGGCCACGGUGCACGUCCUCCCGGAAGUGGGCGGCAUGGGCGGCCACAGCCACACGCCCGGGGCCGGCGCAGGGAAAGGACUGAGCAAAGUGGAGGUUGGAGCUCUGGUUCUCGGAUGUCUGAUACCUCUAGUGUUGUCCAUCGGACACCAGCACUAGUGUUCUGCGCUUCAAGCCACAGGUCGGAAAAGUGCGAAUGGAACUUUGAACAGCUUUGGCCAAACAACAACCUCACAGAAGCGCUUUGAAUCAUGCCUCUGUCAGUUUAUUCAAGUCGGUGGUUGGAGUGAACGCAGGAACUUUGCAGUCGGGAAUGGGAUUUGAGGACUUCAGGAAUGCGCUGCCCUGCCGCUCCACAAAACACUGUGACUGACAGCUUACGAUGACCAUACACAAAUAAAAGCGAUCAAGUAUCCAACUCUUCA